UCCACUGCGCGUCAGAGAUCUGAUCUUCAGACAGAAAGCAGGUAGACCCAGGUUGUAUGAUGGAGAGUGAGAGGAAGAGGGUAGAGGUGAAAUAGAUUGUGUAUGAAGAAUAGAAAGAAGUGGAAAUGAGAGUGUACGGGUGCAUAAACAGAUGAUAUAAUGGAGAAAAAAAAUGUAAUUAGGCAAACCAGGUGUAUUUGAUCAUUUAGGGAGAGGAAGUGUUGUCAAUUCUUGUCCUGCAACUACGCUUUUCAACACGUUCUAAUAGCAUUGAUUGGGAAGCAAAUGAAUCCAGAACCUCUGAAGAUUUCUCUCACUGCAACUAUCCCCUAGCCAAGGAAGUUGAAAUGGACCCGGGGGGCCCAUCGCCCCUCAUGCAUUUUGUGGUGGCGAAGAAGACUAUCAACGGUAUAUUUGAUCAGUUGCUGGAGUAUGUCAAAGAGGGCUCAGAGUUUGUGGACGAGACAUGGCGAAGUGCGGAUCUGGAGCAGGUUGCAGUUGAGGAGCAGUGCCUUGAAAUCCAGACCUGUGCUAGGAAACUGGCCACCAUUCGGGAGGUGCUGGCGCGUAGGCACAUGAAGGUAGCCUUUUUUGGGAGGACGAGUAACGGUAAAAGCACGGUGAUCAAUGCCAUGCUGAGGGACCGGGUGCUGCCCAGCGGCAUUGGCCACACCACCAACUGCUUUUUGAGGGUGGAAGGCACAGACGGGGAAGAUGCCUACCUCACCACCGAGGGCUCUGAUGACAGAAAAAGCGUCAAGUCAGUCAAUCAGCUGGCCCAUGCCCUGCAUAUGGAGCGCAGUCUAGACUCAGGCUGCCAAGUGAAGGUGUUCUGGCCCAAGUCCAGGUGUGCCCUGCUGAGGGAUGACCUUGUUAUUAUGGACAGCCCAGGGACUGAUGUGACCUCUUACCUGGACAGCUGGAUCGACAAGUUCUGUCUGGAUGCUGACGUCUUUGUGUUGGUGGGCAAUGCAGAAUCCACACUGAUGAACACAGAGAAGCUGUUUUUCCACAAAGUGAGCGAGCGAAUAUCCAAGCCAAACAUUUUUAUCCUGCACAACCGCUGGGAUGCCUCUGCGUGGGAGCCCGAGUACAUUGAUGAACUCCCUCAGGUGCGUAAGCAGCACAUGGACCGCUGUGUGAGUUUCCUGGUGGAGGAGCUGAGGGUGGUGAGACAAGAGGAGGCUCCGGGCAGAAUCUUCUUUGUGUCGGCCAAGGAGGUGCUCAGCUCCAGGAUGCACUGUGCCCAGGGCAUGCCCGAGACAGGUGGCGCUUUAGCAGAGGGAUUCCACGAGAGACUGAGGGAGUUCCAGAGAUUCGAGAGGACUUUUGAGGAGUUCAUCUCACACUCUGCGGUCAAGACCAAGUUUGAGCAGCACACGCUCAGGGCGUGGCAGAUCACAGAAGCAAUCAAAGCAGUCAUGGAUGCCAUAAAUAUCGCAUCUGCCGAAAGGAAGAUAUUUUCCCUGGAGGACCGAGAGGACCAGAAGGACCGUCUAGAGUUUGUCAGAGGCCAACUUAACCGCCUGACCGAGAACAUCAAAGAGAAGAUCAACACCAUAACAGAUGAGGUGGCUGCCAAGGUGACCGUUGCCAUGGUGGAGCAGAUUCGUGGUCUCCCAGCUCAGGUUGAUGAGUUCAGUGCUGAUUUUACACCAACACCACAUGCAUUGCCGCUCUACAAAGCAAAACUUAUGAUGCAUGUGGAAGAGAGGAUGAGUACAUGUUUGGCCUUUCGUUGUUCCACUGGGAUCAUUGGCCACAUGCAGUCAUGCCAGAAAAACAUGAUUGAGAAUAUUAGGCCGCUGCUGCCCCCUGAUGUCCAGGAGCAGUUCCACAUUCACCUACCCAGCAGGAAGUUUGUCCUGACCUACGACCUUAACCUGGCCACCCUCUGUGCCGACUUCCAGGAAAACAUCGACUUCCAGUUCUCUCUCGGCUGGACUGCCCUUGUCAGUCGAUUCAUUGGGCCGAGCAAUGCCAAACGUGCCCUGACGGCUAUGAACCAGAAGUUUCAGAAUACCUCUCCUACUGCACUCCAGGCACAAGGUGGAACCAGCCUACAAGACCACAUGGUCUUUUCAAUGGCAACAGGUGUUGUGUCACUCACCUCCAGAGCCUCCAUGACUGUGCUUGUCAUUGGCGGAGUGGUGUGGCGCUCAGUGGGCUGGAGACUCAUCGCCCUCUCCGCAACACUUUAUGGCCUGCUCUACCUGUACGAGAAGCUGACGUGGACCAACGCCUCCAGGGAAAGGGCUCUGAAGCAGCAGUUUGUGGAGUUCGCCAUCCACCGACUUAGGGCCAUCAUCCCCUUCACCAGUGGGAGCUGCAGCCAGCAGGUUCACCAGGAGUUGGCAACGACCUUUGCCCAUCUGUGCCAGCGGGUUGACCUGAGCGAGGUGGAGCUGGAGGGGCACAUUCGACUGCUGAGUGGCAGGAUCCAGAGACUGGAGAAUGUCCAGCGACGCUCCAAGACUCUCAGACACAGAGCCACAGAUCUGGAGUCUCAGCUGGAGGCAUUCUCUGCCCAGUAUCUGCAGAAUCAGUGCUGAGUGAACAGAUCCUCACAAGGAGAUACAUUGAGGUUUUCAAUGGAACUGGUUCUAAAAUGGUCUGUGGUACCAUGAUCAUUCUAUACAAAAACUACUCAAUUUCCAAUAACCAAUUUAAAACCAAAAACAGACAUUCCCACAACUUCCAAGGAACCAAAUGUUCUAGCUGGAUAGCAUCUGGAUGUGUCAUUGCAUGUGUUAUCGCAUGGGGCACAUCUCACACAGGUACAGUGCAUUCGGAAUGUAUUCAGACCCCUUGACUUUUUCCACAUUUUCUUAUGUCACAGACUUAUUCUAAAAUGUAUUAAAUUGUUUUCAUUUCAUCAAUCUACAC